GAAAACGCAGACUUAAAGAAUACUCUCAACCAACUUCGUGCUCUUGGAGAGACGGACGGCCAAUAUAGAGAACCCAAAGUGAGCCUCCCAGACAAAUUUGAUGGUACACGAAGCAAAUUCAGAGGGUUCUUGAAUCAAGUUCGUCUUGUCAUACGGUUGCAACCAAAUCGCUACCCCAAUAACCAAAUGCAAGUAGGACUCCUUGGAAGUCUGCUCAUGGGAUCAGCUCUUGCGUGGUUUGCCCCCCUGCUAGAAAAACAAUCAGAACUAUUGGACGACUUUGAUACGUUAGUUAAAGAACUUGAGGCAAUGUUUGGUGAUGCUGAUAAGGCCAGAAUAGCCGCCAAUAAGAUACGAAAACUCGUUCAGGGAUCAAGACCAGCCUCAAGUUAUGCUUCAGAAUUUAGGCAAAUUUCCAGUGAUUUAGAUUGGGGAGAAGCCGCAUUGAUCGACCAAUUCAGAAUGGGUUUACGAAACAAUGUAAAGGAUUUACUUCUUAUCUUGGAAGACCCUAUUUCACUAAAUGACACAAUUUCGAAGGCGAUACAUUGUGAUAACCGACUGUUUGAACGUAGCCAGGAACAUCCUAGAGACCCGAGUUCUGGAAGAUAUUUUAAUCAAGUCCCCAAUAGCUCAUCCAUCCCUACCACAGAACCCAUGCAAAUAGAUGCCAUAAAAUAUAGGCCAUUGUCUGCCGAAGAGAAAGAACGGCGUCGUGCAAAUAACCUUUGCUUAUACUGCGAAGAACCAGGCCAUAUGGCUAGGAAUUGCUUCAACAAAAGCAACACUCAGCCUAAAAUUGACACAAUCGUGUUUCCUAAGGGGUUUUUGGGAAAAGAGCAACCCCAGUCGCACUUACCGAAAGGACACAAAGUGAACAUCCUGGCACUGAUUGAUUCAGGCGCAUCAGCUUGCUUCUUAGAUAUCACAUUUGCCAAAAAACAUAAUAUAAGCUUCCAAAAAAAAGAAACACCAUUAACAGUAGAGGCUAACUCCACACAAGAACAACUAUAUGUAGUUCAAGUCUUUACUACACUAGCAUCUAGUCCUAACUCCAUAAACAUUCCCUUUGUCCCCAAAAAAUACCAGGAUUUCAAUGAUGUCUUUAACAAAAAAAAAGCUGAUAAAUUGCCUGUGAAUAGGCGGUACGACUGCGCCAUCGAUUUGCUGCCUGAUACACAACCACCAUGGGGUCCCAUCUAUGAACUAUCCACCCGAGAGCUUGAAGUUUUAAGGGAGUAUAUCGAGAAAAACCUGGAGAAAGGGUUUAUCCAUCACUCCAAAUCUCCAGCUGAAAAAUGUGAGUUUGAUAAGGAAACUAUAGAUUUUCUAGGCUAUCGUAUAACUCCUGAAGAAACCCAGAUGGACCCAAAUAACUCCCAGCGCAUUAAUAAUGAAGUCAUUAACAAAGAA